ACAAUGUAGAGACAUGCACGGGUUGGAUGAAAGCUUCCAUUCUUCUGGUGGAUUACCUUUAAGUAGGCAUUUGCUGGCAGUGGCUCUGCAUUCUGUUGACUCUUCUCAUUGGUAAUUAGCUCAGAUAUCAAGGGAAGAUCUUUCAUGAAAUUGCAUCUGAUCAAGUUGUAAUUAGCUCACAUCACAUGAACACUAAUUUUCCAUCCAUGGAGACGCUCAUGAAGUGAAUGCACAGGGAAGGCAGCAUUGAUUGGUUCACAUGGCCACUUGUUUAAGGUCAGUGCUAUGCACUCUUAAAUCUGACUUUUCCUUUCUUUCACAGCUUUGUAUACUGCUCAGCUAGACCAUGCUUAAUCCAAUCCAGUUUUUCCUCCAUCAAUUUCAAACACCUCCAUUUCCAUGGAAACACCUGAGCUUUAUCCCAAUCGCUUUUUAAGCUCCAACAGCCUCUCUUUUCCUGUACAGAAUGACCCCUUCCACUUAAAAAUCCCACCUUUUUGUUUUCUUCAUGCCUUCGUCGCGGAGGAAGUUCGUGCUCCGGCAGACGGUGUCGGUCGAUGUCGGAUGCAGCUGCCGGCGGCCAAAGCUCCUUCCUUUCCUCUAUUCGGCGCCAAAAUUCUUGCCGCCGAAGAGCCCCAGCCCUUUUCCCCCUUCCGUCACUGCUUCGCUAUCUGAAACAACUGGUACCACCACCACCACGGCCGUCACUUCCUCCCCCUCUCCGCCGUCCUACUGGUCCGAGAAGUCGGCCAGGGGCAGGAAGAAGAGUGUGGCGGAGGGGAGCACGGCGGUGGUGAAGAACUCGUCGAACCCGUACGUGGAUUUCCGGGACUCGAUGCUGCAGAUGAUCGUGGAGAUGGAGAUUUACGCGUGGGACGACCUCCGCGACCUCCUCCACCGCUUCCUCGCCCUCAACGCACCCCGCCACCACCACCUCAUCCUCCGCGCCUUCUUCGAGUUAUGGAGUGAUAUCUUCUCGAUUGCCUGGCCGCCACCGCCGCCGCCGCCGCCGCCGCCUGAGUUUGCCUUCGGGAAACCCCAAUCUCGCCGGUGACUCUCCCCGCAAGUGACCUGAGAAAAGAAAACGAAAGUCGAGAUCUUGCUCCCACCUAGUGACACGUGGAUACCAAGGCCUAGCGGUAACUUCACGGGUGGUGAUAGGAUCUCAAUCUAAACAAAACACUUCGUAGCUUUCUUUCAAUGCGAUUUAUUAAUGUCUUUUUUUUUUCUUUUUUUUUAAUGUCUUUUUUUUUAGAAAUUAAUUUAAGCGAUGUAACAUUUAAGUGCUUUAAUUCGAUGUUAUUACAUUUUGAAUUUGAAUUUUGA